AUGUCUCACCACCAACCCUUCAAAUCCCUCGGCCCCCUCUCUUGGAACACCGACAUCGCCCCACACGCCACCAGCAACAAGGACAACAACGGCAACAUCACCAACCUCUUCACCUCAACCCUCGCCAACGCCCAACUCCUAAUCGACUCCAUCCCCCCCUCCCCCUCAUCACCUACCACAACCACCACCACCACCCCCAAAUCCCCCGGCCGUGCCCGCUCCCACACCGACUCUGCCAUCUCCCCCCCUUCUACCUCCACCACCACCGCAUGCAACAAAGAUGGCACCAGCAACAACGAAGCCGACAAGGCGGCGCUGACGAAGCUGAGCCGCGAGUGGAAGGAUCUCAAGAUGCACCAGGCGAAUAGCGGGAAUCCGCAUGGUAUUGCUAUGUAUAAGAUGGGUGCGAAGGAUGGGAAGGGGGCGUGGUUUGCGAGGAGGAGCUUGCAUCGGGUGGGACCGGGGGGUGUGGGGUUUGAGAGGUGGGAAGCGGCGCUAAAGGGGGAGAUGCAGGUUACCCUGGACCGGGUCGAGGCCGAGCCCCGGAAGGAACCGGGAACCGGGAAUGUUCGCGGGAUUGGAGCCGAGAGGAGGGUUGAGAGGGUGGAGUUUGAAGGGGGGAAGAUGGAUGUGUACCACGUCUCGGCCAGGUUUCCAGGCCCGACGACGCCGCGGGAUUUCGUCACGGUGAUCAUGAUGCCCAACCCCAACGGAGAAAGGAAAACUGGCGGCAGGGAACGCGCACAGAGACAGUUCAUGGUCGUCUCGAGACCCUGCGACCACCCCGACUGCCCUCCCAGGCCGGGCUUCGUCCGCGGGACGUACGAGUCGGUCGAGGUCAUCCGCGAGGUGCCCGUCGAGAAACCGAUCCGCCGAGUGAGGUCUUCGGUUGACUUUAGCAGGGACGAGGUAGACAGUCCCGCGGUAAGCGGCGAACGCAUGAGCAAGGAAGCCGUGUUGCGUGCCGCGAAGCAGGCUGUGGGUGAGGAGGCCGAGUCGGAGGGCGAGGGCCGGACCGUGUCAUUUCGUUUAUCUGAUGACAACGACAGCGAUAUGGAGAUGGCCAUAGAGUGGCUGAUGGUUACUCGCAGCGACCCCGGCGGCAGUGUGCCGCGGUUCAUGGUGGAAAAGGGGACGCCAGGGGGGAUCAUAAACGAUGCCGGGAAGUUCAUCAAGUGGCUUUCCUCGGAGUCGAUGGAAGAACUUACGAAGCCGCGGCCAACCACGGUAAAAGGGAGAGAGAACGCAACAAAGCCAACUGGGGAAUCACCGGUUAACGAAGGACCAGGCCAGCUGCCAGUGAACACCGCAGCCGAGGAUCAACUUCCGGAUGAUGAGGCUGGCUACCAGGAGGGCCCGUCGGCCAGCAGCAGCGGCAUCUAUGGCAUGCUGAGCAGCGCACUGGGCAUGGCCACAACUGCGGUUGCCAACAAGGUGGCUGCCUUUACGCCCGCCUCCAUAGAAACCGACUCCGAGUUCAGUGACGACGAGAGCGAUGUCUCGGAUGGCGCCAGCUUCGCCUCGGCUGAGGAUGGUUCGGCCACUCAAGUCGACACAUCUCUAUCCAGCAAAGACGAUAACUCCAACAAGGCCGGCACCACUACGGAAGCCGACAUCGCCUCCAACCAAUCCACCCACUCGCUUCUUUCCGAAACCACCUCGCAAGCGCUCUCACGGGAAGCAACCCCCUCAGCCAAGUUUUCCCAGGCCCAGUCCCAACACGAAAAAGAACUGCGCAAGCUCCAGCAACGCAUGCACAAAGCCCAAGAGAAACUCGAGCGUGCCAAAGCCCGACGCCUCGCAAAGGAAAAUAACAACAACAACGGCAACGGUACCACCGACCCCGACACAGACUCCACCAACUCCAAACAACAACCGCAACAAGACCAAGAAGACCAAGCCAUCACCCGCCUGCACGAGAAACACGCGCGCGAAGUCGCCCGGCAAGAAGAAAAAUACCAGCGGGAGCUGCAGCGGCUGGCGGACAAGCGGGCGGGGGAGGAGCGCAAGGCAGCAGAGCGGCGGCGCAAGGCGGCCGAGCGCGCCGAGAAGGGCAACUUGAGCAUGGAGCUGGCGCGCGUGCGGGCCGAGCGCGACGUCGCGCGCAAGGAGGUCGAGAUGCUGCGCGAGCGCGUCGGCGAGCUGCAGGGGCAGAAUACGAGGUUGGUGGCCAGGUUGGGGAGGGAGGGGGUUGGUUUGGAGGGGUUGGCCCUUCCAAAUCGCACCACCACCCGCCCGAUAAAUAAGCCGCAAAAAGCAGCAACCGCACCUACCAACAACAAAAAGAUGAACCAUCCCACCCAUUCCAAGCUUCCUUCCUAUGGACGAGCUGGGAAUCGAACCCAGGACCUUUCGCAUACCGAGGAAGCAUGCUAA